CACGCACAAUUUUGCCGAUUUCAACGAGAUCAUGCCGGCCAUCUACAGAAACUUUAUGGAGAGGGAAGCAAAGGAGUGGAGAAUGAUCUACAAGUUCGCAACCGCUCCAAAGAACUCUCGACUCUUCUCGGCGAUGUGGAUAUGAUUCGUCAAGAGCGACGCAAGGCACGAUCUAACAAGCAAAAGUACCAAGGCGCAGGAAAUGGAGACUUUGUUCCGGGUAGCGGAACUGGACGGUAUGGAGGAUUUGGAUCCGACAGCUUUUACGCCGGCGGGGGUGGCGGCGGCGGAUCGAGCGCAUAUGGGGGAGGCUACGAUGGAGAAGCAGAUUACGACGAGUACGAUGCGGGAGAUGCAGAAGAUAGACCUGCUCCUCGCAAGUCCACCUCCGCUGCCACAUCUUCAUCCUCGGCUCCACCUCCUAAAGCUGCACCAAAGGCCAAAGAGGUCGACCUGCUAGGUUGGGAUGAUGAUGAACCUGCGGCGGCUGCGGCUGCGGCUGCGGCUGCGCCCACCGCUGUCGCUCCUGCGCCCGUCACCAAGCCAGCGGCUGCCCCCUCGUCUGCAUUGGACGCUUUCGGUGACGACUUUGACGACUUCCAAGCGGCACCGACUGCAACCUCUGCUCCUGCACCCGCUCCUCGUCCGAGCGUAGCUGCUUCUCUGAGCUACUCGAGCGCAAGCAGCGGUACAUUGGCUCCAACGCGGGCCUCGUCCGUGUCCAAAACGGCAGCAUCUCCAAGCAAUGCGGCCUCGAAGCCCGCUACCGCCGCUAGCAGCAGCAGCAGCGGUCUAGGAGGCUUCGACGAUCUGUGGGCAUCCUCAUCGAACGGCGGAGCGAGCGGCAAUGCGGCCAGCAAACAGAAAAUGACGAUGGCUGAAAUGGCGAGAAAUAAGAGCAGCAGCGCGGUUUGGGGCAGUGAUGCCAGGAAGACCAAUGUUCCCGCUGCUGCUGCUGGUGGUGGUGGAGGUGGAGCGCAGCAACAGCAGGGACAGAAGAAGCCCGACUUGUUCGAUUUGUUGUAGAGCGGCGUGGCGGCAAGAAGGGGGGAAAGCUGAGGAGAGGCGAGGCGAGGCGAGGCGAGGAGGAGAUCGACGAAUGUCUACGCAGAAUGACGAAUGUCUACGCGCUCCUUGGAUAUCGCUCCCAUC